GCUAAUAGUGGUGAGCUUGGAACCUCACCGGGAAGGGGGGGAGGGGGUGGUGGAGCUACCCAAUUACCACAAGCUAUUACCACCACCACAAAUAGUUCUAUAAUUCCCAUGGACACUCCACGCUCGCAAGAGUGGCGCCUAGAUUGGGAUACAAAAAUGGACAUUGCCUUAUUCAAUGCUGUAAUGAAAAUACGACCUGUUGGGAUACACAAGCAUUUUCGCAUGAUAUACAUUCAUAGGGAGUAUAAUGCUCAUAGUCCAGUAAAGUGUACGAUACAACAACUAUGGGAUAGGCUGAAUUUUUUUUUUGAUCUUGAACAACUUGAUGAAAUGGAAUUUGAAUUUGAAGGAGAUGGCGAUAUUGAUGAUCGAUCAAUAAAAGAAUUUAGUCUGCCCAUGGAUGACUAUGAUCAAUUAAUAGCCGAAUAUCGAAAAGCAAAUUCUUUACGUAUCAUCGAAUCACCACCGUCAAUUACUAGUGUCACUACUACAGCGACUAAUGCUAAUGUUAAAGGUCACAAAGGCGGAAAAAAAGAAUUAGCACAAUCGCCUACGAGUACUACUCGAUCAACGGCCUCUUCAUCACCAGAGCCAGAAGAACCACCACCAAAGAAAUCUAGAAGAACAUCAAGGCCACCAAAGAAAGUGGAAACAAUAGCUGAAACAUCAACUCCAAAAACACCUGCCAAACGAGGUCGUGGGAGACGUCCUUCUGAGGUACCAGCCACUAAUAAUACAAAUACUAAUACCCCUAAUGCUACUACAGCUACAACCACAACCACUCAAGCAAGUGGAAGACGCGGUUCUCGCCCAAAAAAAUCACAAAAAUAA